GGCUCUAACACUCGUCUUAGUUUCUUCUCACUUUCACUGUCACAAAUGCCUUUAGUAUGCUCGCUCCCAGGAGUCUCCAACCUCCCCCUCGACGCUCAGUCUGACCCUCACGUUGUAUUUCACCUUCACAAUCAACUCUUUUGCCUUCUUCCUUCUACAAUUCUCUAGUAACCAAUACCUAGCUCACUCACACCUUGAAUCAUGUUUCGCCCUUGGAUCGACGAGCUCGAUCCGCUCCCUGAAGACCCAGGCUUCGAGCUCCGCUUGGAUAGCGAUGGCCGGGUAAAAUGCGACGAUAUCAAACGCAUUUACGCCGAUUGGUAUUCUAAACACGAACGGAGGAUGACGCUUGAGGAGCGUCAGCAUGCUCAGUACGCGUAUGACCACCUCAUCCCUCCAGACCUUGUUGCCCGAAGAGUAGAGUCUGUCCCCUCGGAGCACCACCUGCACCGAGUCUUCCUCACAAAGAACUACUACGACUACACAUACCCCGUCUUCGCCGCACUGAGGCUGUACUACGUCGAGCAGCACAAAGACAAUGGCUUCCACGAACAGCAUCACUUGAAGGCGCUGACCACGUUCAAGCGCGGGAGAGCAGCAAAGCUCAUUGCGCAGCGGUACAGGCUGAGCAGCAACGAAGACGUGUUCGGAGGUGACUUUAAAGAGACAUAUCCAGGACAAGUUCCCCCACGAACAGAGAGCUGGCCAUGUAUCGACUUUACCGGGGCCCAAGAUAUCUUGGCGGAGAGGGAUGCAUCCGUCAUUGACCUCGUAAGCAGCGAGGAUGAGGAUGGGGAUGACAGUGGGAUCGCUGAAGCUGUUGGUAUGGCAUUGUCACCUCCUACCACCAGCAAGGCAGACAUCAUGGAGCAGGGAAAGAGAUGCAUGGAAACUAACUGGGGGAACUGUUCCGAGACGACUGCUUGGCCCGUCAAGCCGACUGGACUUGGAUUUUUCAACGCCGAACACGAGCAAAGCUGCAAGCGACCGCAAAGUGAUGGUGCAGCUGCUGAGGAAGAAGGGGGGACGGCCGAGGACACGCCCAGCCCAAAGAAGAAGCCCAAGAAGGCUAUGAAGAUGGUCAAGAGACGUCUGAAGGAAGCGGAGAACAAGAUCACGCAAUCUGAACAGCGUGAGCAUGCGACGCAGACAGCGCUCGAGGAGAUCAAGCGUGAGCUCGAAGCGCAGAAGGCGACUGCUGCUGAGCUCAAGCGAUCCGUUCAACAUGGCAGCAAGAUGCAGCUUAGGGUGGCUCUGAUGGACAUGGCCCGAAGACUUGGUGUUGAAACCUUGGCAUGAGAAGAGGUGGAGAGGUCGUGUAACAGGAGAGCGUGUUGUAUCAGAUAUUCGAGAGGGAGUUGGACUGGCGACGUCGCAGACGAAGAGUCUGGAUUGAAGAAGGAACACGGCUUGAAAGAAGAACAUGAACAACAUAUAAAGCUGGAACAGAUAUACAAUGUUAUUGCUUCACUUGGAACCAGAUCACUGGCACUGCCUGGGUCAACUGUGAUGGUGUUGAAGUUGAGGAAAGUCCGGGCUUGUCUGCCUGCACACACAAUCAUUACUGCACAGUAGGCAAGUUCUGUCAUUGUAGGAG